CAGUUAUCAUUUUUUCAUCUCCUUAUGAAUUAUUUAAAAUUAAAUUUAAUGCAAAUUGUAGUGAACAAAUGAAUCAUAAAUUAGACAAAACGCACAACCUGCACUUUUUAGUUUAACAUCAACAUGUAGAAAGAUGCUAUAAAAAUGGAUAAAGUUAAAGAUCUUGAGCGAUGAGAAAAGCUCUAAUGGAUGGAGAUGAAAAAACCAAAACUGAAUCGAGCUAGAAAAGUGGGGAAAAGUGAGAGAACUUUUUUUUUGUUAAAAUGUGAAUGAAAAUCUCGAACAAUUACGGCAAUCAAAAUGGUUUAGAAAAGGAACAUUUCGCCAUUGCCAGAACCUUUACGCUUUCCGCAUUCAUUUUUCAUGGGAAAUAAAAGUUGUAUUGCAAAGUAAGAGAAGAGAAAAAAAAACGGGAAGUGAAAAAAUCCCAGGCAACACGAACGAAAAAUGUUUCCUUUCAAUUUUUCUGUUCAACAUAUUCGCAUGGAAAGCAUCGUCGUUCUAACAAAAUUAGCAAACCCAGGAGGGUUGUGGAGAGAUAUUGCAUAGGAGGAAAAAAUAAUGUGCUUAACAAAUAAGGAAAUUAGGACCUUACAUAGAAUUAAACAAAUAUUUAAAGGGUUAUGUGAAUUUUUUCUCAUAUAAAGAAAAGAGCUCAGUGUUCAUCGAAGCAUCGAGCUAAUUGAGUGAUUUAAAAAAUUAAUCUAAGAAAAAUCGAUCUUAUCGAAAAGUAGCGAAACAAAGGUCUCCCGUACGGAAAAAUCAUCCAUAAAACGUAUUUUUCAACCCAUCAUUUUGGAUAUUGGAAAAUGUUAUCGCUAAUAGUAAAUAAUAAUUCGUUCAAAAAUGUUGAAAAGAUAAAGUGUUUCAGUAAAUUUAAUGUGAAGUUUCAUCAAAUACACACCGACAAUUUGAUUAUAUUAAUUAAAUGGAUUACUUUACUGAUUUUUAUCACAACAACGCCAUUGUCAUGUUCAGCGGGAUAUAACGAGAAGCGUUUGCUACAUGAUCUAUUAGACUCAUAUAAUACUUUAGAACGACCUGUGGUUAAUGAAUCCGAUCCACUUCAAUUAAGUUUUGGCUUAACACUUAUGCAAAUUAUCGACGUGGAUGAAAAAAAUCAAUUGCUUGUAACAAACAUAUGGCUGAAAUUGGAAUGGAAUGAUAUGAACCUCAGAUGGAAUACGACGGAGUAUGGUGGCGUAAAAGAUUUAAGAAUUCCGCCUCAUCGAAUAUGGAAGCCCGAUGUCUUGAUGUACAAUAGUGCUGAUGAAGGAUUUGAUGGCACAUAUCCAACGAACGUUGUAGUGCGAAAUAAUGGUUCGUGUUUGUAUGUGCCACCAGGGAUAUUUAAGUCGACUUGCAAAAUCGAUAUUACAUGGUUUCCUUUUGACGAUCAACGUUGUGAAAUGAAAUUUGGCAGCUGGACCUACGAUGGUUUCCAGCUUGACCUACAACUUCAAGAUGAAACGGGAGGCGAUAUAAGUAGCUUUGUAACAAAUGGCGAAUGGGAUCUUUUAGGUGUUCCAGGAAAGAGAAAUGAAAUUUAUUACAAUUGUUGCCCGGAACCAUACGUAGACGUCACCUUUGCUAUCCUCAUACGACGGCGAACAUUAUACUACUUUUUUAAUUUAAUUGUCCCAUGUGUACUGAUUGCUUCGAUGGCAUUAUUGGGAUUUACUUUGCCCCCAGAUUCGGGAGAAAAGUUAUCAUUAGGUACAGUGAGAAUUGUUUUUCUGUACUGGUUACCUUGUAUUCUACGAAUGCAACGACCUGGAAGAGACACAUCUAUGGAAUAUCCUCCAACGCCUACGUCAGAUGCGUCGGAACGGAAAGCAACAAAUAUUCAAGAUGUUGAAUUAAGAGAAAGGUCUUCGAAAUCUCUACUAGCUAAUGUGUUAGACAUCGAUGAUGAUUUCCGACAUAAUUGUAGACCGCUAACUCCAGGAGGUACACUGCCACACAAUCCACCUUAUUUUAGAACUGUUUAUAGACAUGAUGACAAUUGUAGCAUUGGAACAAUUGGUGGCGGCAGAAUGCCUGAUGCAAUAGCACCGCAUGCAUGUAGCUUUAAUUCAUCAGCAGACUAUGAAUUGGCACUGAUAUUGAAAGAAAUACGAUUUAUAACGGAUCAAAUAAGAAAAGAUGACGAUGAUUCAGGAGUGGCGAAGGAUUGGAAAUAUGCUGCAAUGGUCGUUGAUAGACUGUGCCUUAUUAUUUUUACAUUCUUUACAAUAGCCGCCACAAUUGCUGUCCUCAUGUCAGCGCCCCACAUCAUUGUUUCGUAGCCGUUUGAAAAUGGUUAUUGUUAUUGGUUUUAUCACAAAAUCAAUUUGUUAUUCUUUAAAUUCGUCUCAAAGCUUUUCAAGUAAAAUACUUUUUUAUUUAUACCUUUUUCUCAUGUUCAUUCUCAUGAAUAGAAAGAUAAAUGAAAAGAAAAUUAUAUAUAAAUAUAUAUUGUCGUAAUAUCAAGUAGAUAUGAAAACUGUAACGAAAAAAAAGACGAAAAAUAUUGUCAAAAGAAAACUUUUUCGUCUUGCUGCUUCUACAAGCAAAAAAGCUGAACUUUUGAAUAUUAAAAUCACACAUAGUCGUAGUAUUGUUCAACCUUUUUUUAGAUAUCGCUCUCGACGUUUGAAAUGGCGAAUGGAAAUGAUGCUUCAUAAAAAAAUCAUAUUUUUCCUAAUUGAAAUGUUUAUGUUGCGUGAUGCGAGGAAUAUCUGAUAUUUCAAAAAAAAGUUUAAGUGAAUCGUUUGCAUGAUAUCCUCGCUUUGAUUCUUUAAAAACAUGAUAAUUUAAAAAUAAAAAAUUGAAUACUUAACUAAAUUUCGUAUUAGCGUGCCGAAAUAAUGCAAACGAAUUCUUGAUAAGUUUUUUUUUUCUCCUUCAAGCAAAAAGCAAUAAUUGUUAAUUAUGAAAGUAUUUGAAUCAUUUUCAUUCAUUUUCAAACUAAACAAAGAGCGAAGAUAUUGAAGAGUUAAUGAUGAGAAACUUGUUGUACAUAACUGUUUCAUCAUAGGAAAUUAAGGAUAACUUUUUUGAACCGAAUGUGAGCAAAAGCUUUCGAGUGAGAUCUGAUUUAUUCAUAUUUCUGGUCGCUCUCAUUGUAUAAAUAUUUUUAAACAAAAGUUUAGAUAACUAUAUUCCUGAAUUUUGUUUCUUAUAAUUAUACAGAAGAGCUUUUAUAUUCAUCGUCAAGCGUCUAAUUCUUCUUCUUAACAGUUAUGAAAUCCUUAAGCAAAAGUUCCUUCUUUAGAUUUCCAUUAUUUGAAUAAUUAUAUGUUGCUGACUUCGUUUCCAUUAAUAUUCAACCAUCUGUUACAAUAUUUAAUAUGUUCAUUUUAGUCAUACCGGAUGCAUAAUUUUCAAACUAAAACAUUUUCAUAAUUUUACAAUAUUCGCAUUCAAGGGGUUAUUAAUAGAAGAGAUAAUGAUAAUAAUCGAGGCGACAACAUUUAAGAUUCUGCCUUCGCAUAGUUUAAGGCGUACAUUACAUAAAUUAGAAGACCAAUAAAAAAGAUGAAUAAUAGAAACUUUGAUUUUAAUUGAAUAUUACGCUAGAUAGCUCCAAUUCACACACC